GUGGCUUUCCCCCCGCCCUCCCCUAAAACUCAUGACGGAGCGGCUUCGAUUUGGAGCUGCGCCGGCAGAGGAGGCCUCCGGGCCGGGAGAGGGUGCCCCGAGCGGGCCGGUGGGCUUCAUUAGGCCGCGCUCGGCCGCGGGGGUGGGGAGGCGAGGGGCAGAGCGCCGAGUGCCGCCCCGGGCCGGACUGCGCACGAAGUUGGGAAGUUUUCUGCCGUGCGGUCGGCCCGGCCCCCCAUUCACAGCCGCUCUCCACUGGGCUCGGGGCUCGUUAAAAGUGGAGAGCUGGGCGGAGUUGGAUGUGAGAGAACUUGAUGCUACUGCUACAGUAUUGGCCAAUCGACAGGAUGAGAGUGAACAGUCCAGAAAACGACUUAUUGAUGAAAGUCGAGAAUUUAAGAAGAGCACGCCAGAGGACUUGAGGAAACUGGUGGCUCCAUUACUGAAGAGUUUCCAGGCAGAGAUUGAUGCACUAAGUAAAAGAAGCAAAGAAGCAGAGGCAGCCUUUUUGAAUGUUUACAAAAGAUUAAUUGAUGUUCCAGAUCCUGUUCCAGCUUUGGAUCUAGGACAACAACUCCAACUCAAAGUCCAACGUAUGCAUGACAUUGAAACAGAGAAUCAAAAGCUCCGGGAAACACUUGAGGAAUACAAUAAAGAGUUUGCAGAAGUCAAGAACCAGGAGGUUACAAUAAAGGCACUUAAAGAAAAAAUCAAAGAGUAUGAACAGACUUUGAGCAGCAGAGCAGAAAUCCUCGCGCUUGAAAAAGAACAGAAAUUACAAAAUGACUUCACUGAAAGAGAAAGGAAACUGCAGGAGACUCAGACAUCUUUGGCCUCCAAAUUUGAGGAAGCUGAUCACAAAGUUCAAGCUUUACAGUCAGCCUUGGAAUCAACACAGACUGAGUUAUUUGAUUUGAAAACAAAGUAUGAUGAAGAAUCAACCGCCAAAGCAGAUGAAAUUGAAAUGAUCAUGACAGAUCUGGAACGAGCCAAUCAGAGGGCAGAAGUGGUUCAGAGAGAGGCAGAGUCCUUACGAGAGCAGCUUUCCUCAGCUAACAAAUCCCUUCAACUGGCCACUCAGAUUCAGAAAGCUCCUGAUGUGGAACAAGCUAUUGAAGUGCUAACACGAUCAAGUCUGGAGGUUGAAUUGGCUGCAAAAGACCGUGAAAUAAUGCAGUUAGUUGAGGACGUGCAGAGAUUGCAGGCAAAUCUGACAAAACUCCGUGAGAACUCAGCGAAUCAGGUCUCACAACUAGAGCAGCAACUUACUGCGAAGAAUAGCACACUCAAGCAACUGGAGGAAAAGCUAAAAGAACAGUCUGAUUAUGAAGAGGUUAAGAAGGAGCUGAGUAUCUUGAAGUCCAUGGAAUUUGUGCCAUCAGAAGGAUCUGGAGCACAGGAUACAUCCAAGACCCUAGAGGUACUUCUGCUGGAGAAAAACCGCUCAUUACAAUCUGAAAAUGCAACUCUGCGUAUCACCAACAGUGACCUUAGCGGGUCAGCUGGGAGAAAUGGGAAAGACCGACUUGAGAGUCUGCGUCCUUCGACCUCACCAACCUCCCCUCCCUCUAAGUUGCUGCGCAACGCGAAUGAGCAGGCUUCCAGUGCUAACGGUACGCACCAAUUCUCACCGACGGUUUUAGGUCAAGAUUUUUUCAGCUCAUCAUUGACAAGCUCCCCGAUCCCCCUGGCCUCUGCAGGGAAAUUUGCACUAAACUCGCUUCUUCAGCGGCAGCUAAUGCAGUCCUUCUACUCCAAGGCAAUGCAGGAUGCGGGAAGCACAACCAUGCUUUUUCCAACAGGUCCUUACAGCACAAACUCCAUAUCAUCCCCAAGCCCCAUUCAACCGAGCUCUGACUUGAAUGGAAUGAUCCCUUCACCCAGUCAGUCAGAGAGUGCCGGAAGCAUGUCUGAGGGCGAGGAGCUGGAUACAGCGGAAAUUGCACGGCAAGUUAAAGAGCAGUUGAUCAAGCACAAUAUUGGCCAACGGAUAUUUGGACAUUAUGUACUGGGGUUGUCUCAAGGCUCUGUCAGCGAGAUAUUGGCCAGACCGAAACCAUGGAAUAAGCUGACUGUUCGAGGGAAGGAGCCUUUUCACAAGAUGAAGCAGUUCCUGUCUGAUGAACAGAAUAUUCUGGCCUUGCGGAGCAUCCAGGGCAGGCAAAGAGAGGUUCCAGGCCAGAACAUACAAAGAAUGUUGCAGGAAGUAAAGAAACGAAGAUAUGGUUCAGAAGGCAACAUCACAACACGGAUCAGAACCCCUGAGACGGGCUCUGAUGAGGCCAUCAAAUCGAUUCUCGAACAAGCCAAGAGAGAACUACAGGUGCAAAAAAAUGUUGAUUCAACUCAGCCACCUUGUACAUCUAGCAGUGGUAGUUCAGAUGAAGCAAUUUGGUCAAUACUGGAACAGGCCCGGCGUGAGAUGGAAGCUCAGAAGGCUGGCCUUGAGCCGACACUGAAGCCAACACCUGUUGCUCAACCUGACUUGACCCUUCAUUCAUCCAAAGUAGCAUCAUCAUCAUCAUCAAUCUCUUCCUCACUAACGGUCAUGAAAAAGCCUUCCACAAUGGAUUCCAGUAACAAUACAACACAGACUUCUCAUGGAUUAAAAAAGGAACCAGUGCAUGACUCGUGCACCUCAGAACACCAUGGACUAGCAGAAACACCACACAAUAUGCUUAAGCAAGUUAAAAAUGAAUUGGGACGAGGUAGUACGUGGAGGGACCAGUGGUGGAGCGCAGUCUGCCCAGACAGAAGAAAUUCAAUCUUUUCAGAAGAUGGAAGAGCGGAGGAAAAUAGCAGCGGAAGAGAAAGGUUUAAUAAUCCAAGCAGACUUGAUCGAAACCCAUUGCAAGGGCCUGCUUCAUCUGACCACUGGAAGGAUUGGCAAAACGCAGAAUCUCCUUACUCUCAAGCAUCUGAUUUAGGCACAGUGGUUGCUAGUAGUAGUGUGACCCCACAGAGCAGUCCUCUGCCUUCUUCACCUCUUAUUCCUGUUUCUAAACCACAUAAGCCUUCUGUACCACCACUAACACCGGAGCAGUAUGAGAUCUACAUGUACCAGGAGGUGGACACAGCUGAAUUGACGCGGCAAGUGAAGGAAAAGUUGGCCAAGAAUGGGAUCUGCCAGAGGAUCUUCGGCGAAAAGGUGUUACGUCUGACUACACAACCACUCAGCUCCUCAUCGGCCACAUCAAAUGACUACAGUGGAGCAUUCUGCACUGGAGCAACACCGGUUUUGGGUCUUUCACAAGGGAGCGUGAGUGACAUGCUGUCGAGGCCUAAGCCCUGGAGCAAGCUGACUCAGAAAGGCCGAGAACCCUUCAUCCGUAUGCAGCUGUGGCUGAAUGGUGAACUUGGGCAGAGUGUCCUUCCGUCCCAGGCCCAGCAGCCCGGGCAGGAGAUUACCCCAAAGACCUCUGCCAGUUGCAGCCCAGCCCCUGAAUCUCCAGUCAGCUCUGUGGAAUCAGUGAAGAGUGUGGCUGAACUAUCAUCCCAGCACUCGAUAGCCACUGAGAGCAGUAAGGACAUCAAACCCUCCGAACCAUGUGAACAGUCCUCAAAUGAUCCUCAGGUUCUGUCAUCGCUGCCAAUGUCUGGCCAGUCAGCGUUAAGCAUACAGAAGCUGGUAGCCAUGUCUCCUGAACUAGAUACGUAUGCUAUCACAAAGAAAGUCAAGGAAGUGCUAACAGACAAUAACUUAGGCCAACGUCUGUUUGGAGAGACCAUCCUUGGCCUGACACAAGGUUCCGUGUCUGAUCUCCUGGCACGGCCCAAACCCUGGCACAAGCUGAGCCUGAAGGGAAGGGAGCCUUUUGUCCGCAUGCAGCUCUGGCUCAAUGACACAAGCAAUGUUGAGAAGCUAAUGGACAUGAAGAGAAUGGAAAAGAAAGCUUACAUGAAGCGACGACACAGCUCAGUGAGUGAUGGUCAUGGGAGUGACUCUUCAGUGGCUGGGCUAGACUACAGCCAGAGUGCCAGUCCCCAGCCACAGGUUCAUCUGAAGAAGCCCCGAGUGGUGCUGGCCCCAGAGGAAAAGGAAGCUCUGAAGCGAGCAUACCAGCUAAAGCCAUAUCCGUCCCCAAAAACCAUCGAGGAGCUUGCUGCCCAGCUAAAUCUGAAAACAAGUACUGUCAUCAACUGGUUUCACAACUACAGGUCCCGAAUUCGAAGGGAGCUGUUCAUUGAGGAAGUGCAGGCAGGGUCUCAUGGUCAGACAGGAUCCAGUGGCUCUCCAUCUGUCAGAGGAAGUAGGACAGGUCACAGUUCAGAAGGGGAGAGCUGUGAUGGAGGAGACUUGGAAGUGGUGGCUGAAGAAAAGGAAAAUGUCAUGGGGAUGGAAAAUUACAGCACUGGGCGUGGGAGCCCUCAGGGAGGGCAGGUAGAGUCACUUUGUGAUGAAGAUGCAGAAUCUCUUGUGCAGGGUGACAUUAAAGAUGACAGAAAGGAAUCAUCCCAGUCAGAAAGAGAUAUUAUGGUCUCUCCAAAUACUGAGAGCGAAGAUGAGAAGAUCCUGAAGCAGCCGGGUCGAAACAAGAGAUCUCACCGGGAAGCACAUUUGUCAGGAGCGUCCUUGGAAGAGUUCCAGAAAAGCCAGCCUUCAAUGCAGUCAGUUGUAGAAGAGGACAACUCUACCUCAUCAGCCUCCACAUCAGCAACUGUAACGGAGACCUCCCGGGAUUUGAAAGAAGAUACCUCUUUGGUGCAGCAGGCGAGCAGUGAGCAGAGCACUGUCUGUGGAGGCUCCUCAUCCUCUUCCGCUGUAGGCUUUCAGAAACGGCUGUUCAAUUUUUCUGAUACAGCAUCACCUGCCCAAAAAACAAGCUUGCGAGAGAACAGCUUAAGGCGUAAGAAAGCAGCAAACUUGAACAACAUUAUCCAUCGUUUGGAGAAGGCUGCAAGUCGGGAAGAGCCCAUUGAAUGGGAAUUUUGAGAUUAAAUUAUUAAUUAUGCACAACUCCCGAGAGUUAGGUAUUGAGAAACCUCGGACGUUCUGUACUCAUUUUAUCCUGUCACGCACUUAAUGCCCUGCAGGCCACGGGGCAAAAAUGCCAUAGGCCAAGGUGCAUAUAGAAAGGAGAGCAUUAAGUUCUGUUCAUCAUAGCAUUUUCAAAGCCAGAGUUGAAACAUGCAGUUAAGCUUUUGUACCCUGAAGUGUUUUUGUGUCAUGACUGAUUUUCAAACUGUCUGGGAUUAACUGUUACAGCUUUGCCUUCCCCCUCUGCCAAGUGGGCUUCAAGCAGCGGCAACCAUCGGCUAACGAGGGGAUCUCCUGGCCAUAAAAUGGCAGCAGAGCGAUAUUACACUAUUAACUUCUUAAACAGAAAAAAAAUUGGAGAGUUUUCAAAUGACUAGAAUUUUAUAGCUGUUCAGUUGCCACUGAGAGAUUGCACAGUCAUCUGACUCUAAACACACUAGUUUGGUUUCUUAGAUAUUUUGAGAUUUCUUGCUGUUUUAAACUUUGAAAGAGAAAAACACAUUUAGCCCACUUAUUUUUUAAAAAAAGGUUAUGUAAAAAAAAGAUUUGUCAAAAAGAUGUGGUAGGUGAGUUAGUGUUUCCUUGUAUGUGAAUUUAGAAUAAUGAUAUGUAGUGCACAUUGUUUCAUAGCUUUAACUGACUCUGGUUUCUCUGCAGGCCAGGGUUUGUUUAAUACACUCCAUUUUAGGCCAAAUCAGGACAAGAUCUGAACCUAGAUAUUUUAUAACCUGCUUUUUAACCUCUAAACCACAAAGCACGCUGAUCAGACCUCAUAUUAUUGUCUUUUUGUGUGCGAGAGUGUGUGUGAGAACAAGUUUGUAUGUGUGUAAGUUUUUAGGCCUGGCUGAUUUCAUACAUCCUGAUGCACAUUUAGAGUGCAUACUGCCACCCUUUCCUCAGUAAGCUGUGUCAUCAAUAGGGCUUGUAUGAGUUAGCUUGUCACAAGUUACAUAUUUUUUCUUGCCAUAUCUUUUAUUAAAACUAACAGUAGAUGAUUUCAGUAUACAAGAAUAUUUUUUGUGCUUAUUUAUAGGUGCGGUAUUUUUUUUCUAUCCAUUGUUAGGAAGUGAUGAAAGGGAGCAAGUCUUGUUCUAAAGGGUCAGACUGCCGGCAGUAUUUGGGAUAUUUUACAAGUUUCACUGGAUAAAUAUUGGCUCCUUGACAUCUUUCAAGCUCCAGAUUAUUGAUUAGAAGUUGUUUCACAGUGUAAAUUGCAUCAUGAUUUUUGUGUUGGUCUUUUAGGUCAGAAUCCAUUGAAGUAUCUGUGUAGCACAAUCAUAACCUGUCAUUUUAAUUAUAAUAUAUGAACUCUGUUUUCUAUAAUAAUUAUGGUUGAGGAGUUAUAUACCUGAUAUUGCACCACAGUGUGUUGUGUGUAGUUUUUGUAGCAGAUUAUGACUGUUUAUAGGGAAAACUACAUUAUCUGCAUGAUAUGUUAAAUAAUCAUAUAUUUCUUACAUAAAAAUCGUGCAUUGCAUAUUGAUUGAGCACUUAGCUGUUAAGUGUACUUAUGGUGCUGAUUCAACUCCAGCUAGUCAUAGAGAAGGGCUCUAGGAGGCUGCAAGGCAGUAAGUUAGAAUGAAAUCCUCCAGCAUUCAUGCCCACCAGAGAGCAUUCCUCAACAUUAAGCUGUAUAAGAUGAAUUUUGAAAAUUGUGCGAAACCAGCAUUCCCUCAAAUACAUACUGUUGCCACAGGCAUUAGUACAAAUCUUUCUCCCAGCACUGGAGUGUAGUGUGUCAUUGCUGGUAAACGGUCAAGGGCAGUCCCCAUUUACUUUUCUUUCUUGGUCUCCUCAGCCUGUCCAAAGGUGAGAGAAACAAAGCACUUCCUGUGCUCUGCUGUGAGGUGUGGUCCAGAUAUGAUUCUGGGAUUCCUCUUCCUCCUGGUGGGUAACCAUUUUAGUUUAUGCCAUUAUACAUUCUGGCAGUAGGUGACACACAAACCCUUGGAAGUUAUGAUCUAAAAAGAGGCCAUUUGACUCAACCAGUUGACAUUUGCUUCUGUCCUCCAUGUGAGUUUGAUUUAAUUUAAAUGAUUAACUGAACUUAAAUUCCCCAGUUGUCAUAGUGGAAUUUGACCUAAUACUUUUGGAUAAUUAGGAUUACUGACUAAUUAUUGGAUUACUAGUCACGUAAUGUAACCACUAUUUUCAGCAAAGCCCCACAGAACCGCACAAUGGCCCCUAACAGUGGGCAAGAGUUAUGUUCCCUUUUGAUGAAAUGUGAGUGUCCCGUGCUAUUCAAACGUCCAUCAGGUCAUGGUGUAAGGAAGAAAUUGGUAAUGAAACAGAAGGUUUCAGAAGGAUUGACAGUUUGCUUCAUCAGUUUUCUUGACCCUGUCCUCUCAAACACAAGCAUUAAGGCAGUGCUCCCUCCUACUCCUUUCCACUCUGCAUGACCUUAGCUUUGCCCAAUACCGGAAAUUUGUGGCCACCCCGUAGUUUCAGUCAACUGGAUUUUUACCAGACUUCAUGCCUGAGGUUGCACUAUUGGCAGGGAAGUGUUUGUGGGAGCAGCAUGACGAGCUGAAUGCUUCUCUUUUCAGUAACUCUGAGAAACAAAAAAUGUUUUAUAAAAUUCCAUAACUAUUUUUGAGACUGUAAUCUUCCCAUCUGUUGUCUAAACCUUCCCUCAAUCAUGUAUAUCCUUUCCCAAAGCAGUCCACUUUGCAAUGUGAUCUUUAUGCUGGAGAACUCAGGAAACUAAACCUCAAUUGAAACACGUGAGAAUUGAUGUUGAUAUAACUUGAAGCUUCAAAUUUAAUUUGUUUCUCAGAACAAAAUAACUUAAUCCUAGAAAUGUUUGCAGUAGUGGAAAUUUCUUUAAGGGUCCAUCCACACUAGAGGUUUGGGAUUAGCUGUAUGGGAUUCCCAUAGUCAUUGUAACAGAGUUAAUGAUGAUACUUAGAAUAAUCUUGAAAGAUGUCAUUUCUCAGAGAUUAGUUGGGCAGUAGGUCUGUACGUUAUUUUGACAGUGUUUGCUAUCAGCCAUUGUAGAGCAGUUAAAAGAAUGCUGUGUCAGCAGCAGUAUGUAUCAGGCAGACGUGAUUUUAUUCAUUCUAACCUUCUGUUUUGUCAUUUAUGUAUGUCAAUAUUAUCUGUAGGUUUCAUCCUUUUGUUGACACUGGUGUUUAACUUUAGAUUCAUGUAGUAAUUCAUAAUGAUGUAUAGUGUAGCACGCAUUAGAAAUCUUUUAAUAUUCAUAAAUAAAAAGAAUGUUCUUAAGAACAGUGAUCAUAAUAUUCUGUACAUAAAUCUGAGUUAAUAACUACUAAGUACAGAUCACUGUCUUAGGAGAUGGGCAAUCCCUAAAAACAGAUCCUUCCUUUGAUGUGCAAAACUUAGCAUAUAAAUAACUUAAUAACCAGAGCUAAUUCUGAUGGUUUUAGAGUUAGUCAAAUAGCCUUAGAUUUAUCCUUUUUUUGUAAAUAAUUUUUGGAGCUGAAAUUCUGAGAACAAUAGAAACAUUUACUUUAGUCCUGUAUUGGCAACACAGGUAAUUUAUUCUUAUUCUGAUUUAUUCAGACUGGCUGGAAACUCGAGUUGUUUUCAUUUGAUCACUAUAAUAGUGCAUUGACGGUCUUGUUCAUCUUCCCUGGAACUUCAAGCCUGUCACCAUUCACUUACUUCGAAGUAGAUGCUUCAAUUAAAAUUUCAAGCUAUAGGUUUUAUAUCCUUUAAAUUUAGAUAGUUUACAGGGAAUUGUAAACUUUAUUUUAUUUCAAGACGUCCACCCUUUUAAUCAUACUUUAUAGCUCAGUCAGAGUAAAGACAAUUGCAGCCUGUGAUCUUACAGUGUGUAUUUUACAGGUUCUGUUGUUUCAUGUAAAUAAUUAUGGGCCUUAUAAUUUUACAAGCUUGUAAGAUAUUUAGAAGUUGUUGAUUUUUCCUGCAAGCAGUUUGGGUAGUAAAAUAUUUCAGUUCUUCUGAAUAAAAAUGGUCAAAUGCAUUGGCAACAUUAUAUCAUUUAGCAUUAAGACAGAAGGAAACACAGAUUGAGAUUUUGUCCCUGAUAAAGAAAUAUGUUCAUUCUUAAAUCUCUCCAAUUAUUUUGUGUGUGUCAUUCUUUUGCACCUACCCUUUCCAAGAGAUUGGUUAGACCUGGUGAUGGUACCACUGUCUUUAAUCGCUGCCUGUUAUAUUUUGGUUCUGUAGUGUUGAACAAUAUUUCUAGUCUGAGUCUCAGUUCUGUAGCAACUCUGAAACUUGUACUAAGUCUUACAUUUUAUGACGAGCACUUUGUAUGCACCGUUUCCGUUUCCAUUUAAAAGAUUGAAGGCUCUCACCAAAUUUUGAAGGUUUGUGUUGCAGAGCCCUAUGGCUAGAUACUAGUUUGAGACAGUCAACAUACAUUCCAUUUUUGACCCAUAACAACAGCUGAGACCAUCCCAAACUUUCCUUAGGUGGGAUUGAGCCUAAAUCUUUUGAGAUUACCAUCUGCAUUUUUUAGCCACCUUAAAAUUCGGUGAUAAAACCACGUUCCUGUGAAACUCUGCUCAACUUGUGCAUCCCAGCAUUUGAUGCUGACAUUCGGAGCCAGUAUAAGUAACUGGACAUAACAGAGCAGAACUCUUGUGUGCCUUGAGUAGGAUAGUACGCAAAGAAAGAAAGAGUCAGACUCUGUCGUAACCUUAGAUAUUGUGAUUGCAGUCGCUAAAUUGGCUCCCAUAAACAUAUGCACCAGUGGAAAAAAGAUGAAAAGUAGAAUACAUUCCCCAAAGCACUUAAAGCAUUAUUUUACAAAGAAUAUAUUUUUAAAAUCUGUUGUGAUACAGUCAUAGAAGCACAAGAUUUCUAAAAUCAGAUGUAGUGGAAGGAGAAUAAUUUCUGUUCAUGGCCUUAGAAGUAUUUUCCUAUAAAGUCCUUGUAAAUGGUGGGUCAUCAGCAUAUUUUCUCGCAAAAGCACUAUUAUAAAAAGCAAUAUUAACAUUCCAUAGAUUUUUAGCUGUAGUUUUGUAAAAAUGCCUCCUUUGAACUUUUAUCCUUUGACUCUUUGAAAGAUGUUUGAAAUCAUUUUGCUGUUCAACAGCAAAAAUGCACUCAAUUUUCCACACCUAGUUUCAAUUGAUAAGCACAGCAGCACAGUGUACCUAUGCUGAAACUCCAUUUGUAAAUAAAUCUCUGAUCAUAACUUCUGGGAAUUGGCCACCUUUUACUGCCAAAUCUUUUCUAUGAAAAUUUCACAAACAUUUCAGAACUUUAAUAUAACGUAUUUACAUCUCAAAAAAUCUGCAGUCUGCCCCAUUUUUAGGAAGGUGUACUAAGGAAAGAAUACAAGAAUCUCUUUUGUUAAAUCUUUAAAUUUCUAACAACGUUCAGCGUCUUUCUCCAAUUACUUACUGCAGUUUAAGAUUAAUUUAUUAUUUAGGUGUAUUCUCUAACUAGCAGACUUAUUCUUCUGCCAUCUGAUUCAUUUAGAACCUUUGAAAAGAUUGGUUGAAUUCCUGAGAAUAAAUUUCACAAUUAUGACUUCUAAUUCAUUCAUUAUAUAAAUCCAUAUGUUUUAAUCAAUGCUAGAAGACGUCACCAAGCAAGGUAUUUUCUGUUUGUCAUAAAAAGGAUUCAAGUUUCAGUGUAAUGUAUUCAUAGAGUAGCAUCACUAACAUAAUCAAUAGGCACCUAUAACUCACUAGCAUCAAGUAAGCACCUCCCUUCUAUUUGUUUCAUUGUUAGCUGCAUGAAAUACAGACACAGAGAAAUAUGACUGUCACUGGUUAAAUGCUGUAAAGUCAAUUACAUUUCUCCUAAUUUUCCUGAGCUGGAAAGUGGCAAAAAAAUUAUUUUAAUUGAGGAAAUGGAACAGAUACUUUUGUGUUCUGUUAUUGUUGAGCACUUCCCCUCCAGCUUUUCAGGUUAUUUGUUCCCUUUUUAAGUCAACAAUGAUUUUGUUAUAGCUAUGAAAGUAGCAUCACUUGCAAAAUUGAUCUGAGGAAUAUUCUGUUAAAAUAAUCUUCAUCACCCAUUGUUUUGGUGUUCUCUCUUGUUGUUAGAUGGUAAACCCUUGGAGUCCAGUGUUGGUUCAUUUAUCCUGCACAGCCCAUCCAGAACAGACAGGACUUUGCCCAUAUUCUCAACUUCUUCAUGGGCAACUCAUGUUAGGUUGAUUGAGAGAGCCACAAGUCUGCAAUCUCCUGCUUUGAGACCAAAAUACUUUUCUGAUAUUAUUUAACUGUUGAGAUUUACUCUUUUAGCCCCAUUUUACCUUUUGCUUAUUCAUUCCCACAUUCUGUUCUUUAUUCCAUUAUCGACCCAUUCUAAUUUGUAAGAGGCUGACCCUACCACCAUUAGCUAUGCACGCUGAGAGUAAAGCUGUCCUUUCCUCCUUUCCCCCUAGCAAUGCUAUAAUAUUUAUUUUGAGGAGUUGUUUGGUUCCCUCCAUUUCCUGUUGUCUUAGCUUUAAUAAUUUUUCUCUUUGCAUGAAUGUAUCAGUAAAACUCACAAAAUGAACUCACACAGCAUAUUUUUUACAAUUGUGCAUUGCAGGUACACUUUAACAUUGUUCCCCAUCAGUAGACAUACACCAUGUGGAUUCUAGGCUGGGGUCCAUGAUUUUGUUUUUAAAUAUGAAUAAUGGAUGAGAAAAAUAAAGCUGAAUCAAAGUCUUUUUAAAAACAAAAGCUGCUGGAAAUACGUAGGAAUUCUGUCAUCAUCUGAGAGAAGAAGUGUUUCUGUUCCUCUUGAAUCUCCUCUGCUUUGGUCCAUUAUACACUUCAUUUGCAGAGUUUAGAAACCUUGUCUGUCCUCAGCCUUGCCAUUCAUCUCCAUGGGGUUCUGUAUCGUCACAUUGUUUGUUUCUGCGUGCUAUCCCUUUCCUCAUCAGGAGCUGACCUCUAUCAAAAUCCAUGUUUUUCCCUGAUUUUUUUUGUACUUUCUCAAAAUCUAAUAUUUGUGCCCAUGCCUUCGGUCAUAUCUCCAAUUCUUUCUGAUCAACAUCAUGUGUUCUUUCUGUGGGAUCUGCUGUUGUGUUUUAAGGCACUAUAUAUUUUGUUGUUGUAUGCUAAUUUACAAAAGAUUAUUUCAGGUGUUUUGUUAAGUGUUAGGAAUAUUGUUUUAGUAAACAGUUCACUGAUUGCUGAGCAUUAUAUUCAAAUAUAACUGCUGCAGUUCUUUAACUUCAUAGUUCUGUGGCCUAGGCUGGUUCAGUUACAAUUUAAGGUAUCCAUGUUAGACCAGACCAAGUCAGAUGGAAACCCAAGUGACUACAGAUGCUGGAAUCUCUGUUUUGCCCUGUUUUUUUUUGUGCUUUCUCAAAAUCUAUAUUUGUACCCAUGUUACCUAUUGCCCACCAGCUUCAGUCUCACCCCUCCCUGUCGCCUCUUUAUACUGGCCAUCUCCCCUCUGCACUGUCAGUCCUGAUGCAGGGUCUCGACCCAAAAUGCCAACAAUUCCUUUGCCUCCACAGGUGCUGUUCGACCCACUGAGUUCUUCAGCAGUUUUGCUCAGAUCAGAUAGGCUUAGUUUCUUCUCUAAAGGUCAUUAGUCAACAAGGGUUUUUGUGACAAUCCGACAGCUUUGUGGGUACCAAGUGAAAUUUUCUCUCUAACUUUAUCAAACUAAAUUCAAGUUCUUUGGAGACCAUGGCAUUAGUUGAACUCAAAUUCAUGUGGACUGUGUGUCUUGGUAUAUCCACAAUACUAUACCUGGGGUAUUUGACCUAAGUUUAGAGGUCUACUCCUGUGUGCAUUAAUCUUUUGGAUUUAUGUGAGUUUCAUUUUCUGCCCCUUCUGACCUUCAUGCUGAGCUUCAGCGCGGCUUGCCUUGCUGAAGCUGUCCUUGUAGUUUGUGGAGAAGAUAAUAUGAAUUAAUGAAAUUAAUGACAUUGUUUUGAUCAUCUGCAAGACCAGCAGUGUUGGUUUUCAAAAAUGCGGUAAAAUAGCCAAUGACAAAACAGCUGCUUUAAAAAUAAGUAACAAAUAAUGGACAGGCCAGUGAAGCCAAAUUACUGAGCAGAAAGCUCCAUGAAGUAUUGUCAGCCACUCCACAGUCGAGACCUAUUUGUUUCUUGUUUUUUGCUUGUAAGAAUCCCAGACUGAUUAGAAAAUAGUAUCUACAAGUUUAAUUCAUGCAUUCUAUACGCAGUUGAUAACACCUGAAAAGUAUUAGUUCAAAAGGAAACUGAGUUUGUCAUUUCUUAAUGUGUUUGUUUCGAACUAAUUUUCAUCUCUUCCCAGUGCCACGAAGAUAAAGCUUUUGUAUAGUCAGAAAAACUCUCGUGACCCAGCUUAGAUGGCUGCAUUAAAUUUACCAUUUCAGGAGGGUAUCCUUAAUAAUGGUUAGGAUGCAAGGUAUUCCUGCUCUGUGUUCCUUGCUUUAAGAUGAAUUUCUUGUACAGUUUUCACUUCUUUUAAAAGAUUUCACCCAAAGUUUACUGAGUUUUAUUUGCAAGGGAUUAAAAGCAAAAGUGCAAAUGUUACUCAUUGUUACACUCAGCUAGUGUUGUUCCAAUUUUCAUUGGUUUUCUGAAAAUUUAAUGCUUGAUUUAGUUUUUCCAGAAUCAUCGAUUUCCUAGUUUUGUCUAGAUCCCCCACACCUGUCUUCAGCUGGUGAAAGACAAAGGCAGGUCAUCAGUACGAUGAAAGAUGUAAAAAUGGAUUAUCACAGAAUUUGAUUUGGAAAGCAUCAGACAAAACAGAAAUCACAUGUAAGAGGACAUUUGACUCGGUGCCCAAACAGUGUAGCUGGUCAUGAAUUUCUUUGUGACCAACUGCUGGGAGAUGCAAUUAAUGAAAUCAUGUUUUGGAAUAUAUGCUAACUAGUGGCAAUUCAUCUGACAACUGGCAAAAUUCCUUUUAGCUGAAAGAUCAUCAGUGAGCCGUGACUCAGAGCUGCAGGUUCUAGGGUGAAGAAGUCAGUACAAGCUAAGGUGAUGUUCAUCACAGCUGGAAUACAGUACAAGUAUUAGUGAGCUAUUCUUGCAGUAUGGAAUUUGUGGCUUGGCUUAGUUUCAAGACUUGGAGAAGAAGUAAGAAGUGAUAAUACAGUGUGACAGUGUCCUGGAUUAUAUUUGGAGGUAGAGAUUGUGUUUAUUUGUUGGUGUUGAUAUAUGUACCGAGUCUCACUCUGAGCACUGCUUGAAUGUUCUGAAAAAUGUCCCUUAAAUCUUUCAGGUAGAGCAAAAUCAGGUAAUGCAGAGUCUGGAUAGAUUGAGGACAAGGACAAUCGUCCUUGUGAAAGGUGAAAAUCAACAUCAUCAUCAAAGGAGACCUUGCUGAAAUAUUUGCAUCUAGUAAGGAAGUAAGGCCAUCCAGAAUGUUGAAUAUUGGUAUAUCAGGGUGAUACUCUGAGAGAAAGUGACAUCCUUUUCCUUCAUUUUUUUUUUCCUUUCUUACACCGUGCCUAGAGAUGACACUGCAGUCAUGAUAGCAAUGCAGAGUUAUGCCUUUCACUCAGUAUCAGUGGUAGACUGUCCAGUCUUGUUGCUGGUUGGAUUCGCUGCAGUGCCCAUUAUCAGCAGUGAGAGAGACAAUCUCCUCCGUUGCAGUGGAAUAGAACAAGAUCCCGUUGUUAAGCAUUGUUGAUCCAUGAGAACAAACAAAGCAACAUCACCUUUUCGUACAAUUCAGAAUGAUAAAAUUUAACGUCUUUUCUCUCCUAAGAUGCUGACUGACUUGCUGAGUGUUUUUGGUUUUUUAUGAUUUCCAACAUGUGCAACUUUUAGUUUUGUAGUUAUCUACAGCAUUAAAUUAACUUUGAGUAUGGCAAACAAGUUUCACUUCUGCUUGUUGAGCUUGAGCACUCUAGCUUUGCACAGCAUUAAUUUCUAUAGCAUGAGUCUGAAUCAUGGUUUGUAAGCUGAGGUGAGACAGUGAUUGUAAUCUUUGCUCCAGCCUCCUAGAGCCCCCUUUAAAUCAAAUUGUUCAAUAAUAAGUAGAAAGAAAAGGUUUUGUUCACAAAACCUUUUCCUUUUUGUUGGGGAAGGUAGCAGAAAUCUGUAGAAUUAUACAUGACCAUCUGUGCAAUAAUCAUUAGUCAUUAGUGGGCAGUUUCUGAACUGCCCCGUGUGCUACAGCAGCACACUUGUGUGACAUACUUACCUGGACAAUUUUAAUAAGCUUAUUGUCUUUACCCAUUCCCCGGGCGUUUUGUGGUGUCUUACAGUUUAGCAGUAUUCCGUUUAUUAAUGCCGUCACAUACUAAAUGUUUUAGAUGAUUUUUAGAAUUUGCUAUUCACAGUCACAGAAAAAGUUCACAAUAAUAAACCCAGAUGACCAAAACAAAGUGUCAUUCUUGUGCACAUGGCUUUAUGCUAACCAUUUUUCACUGUGAUCCACAUUUCAUAGCUGUUUUUUCUUGGUAUUAGAAAUUGGUCAAAACUUUUCUAUAUGGCUGGCAAAAGUGGAAUCUGCUCCCUCUGUGGCAGAAUCAGGUUUCUCUCUGUCUUUGGUGAUUAGUCAUACUGCAUACUUUGUUCUCAGCACUGUAAACAGUCCCUAUAUGAUAUGGAGAAGCAAUAUCACUGUAUGAAACUCACAUGAUGUAUUAUUCACUAGCACCCUAGGUGUGAUAAUUGAAGUAAAUAUCUUUUAUACAAACACAGUAUUGGCUUUCAUUGUCUUUAUU